UAUAGUUAUUGUAAGAUAUAUUGUGUUGAAAAUAAUAUUUACAUAAUGGAGACAAUUUAACAAGAAGCAUGACUUUGAACAAGAUCCUGCUCAAAGGCAAAUGGACUCUAGUCUAACAUACAACGUCUCAAAUAUAUCUAGAUAUCGCUAGCAAUAUUUGAUUGUUUUACCGCCUACGCGCAGUCAGUGAAAACUUGGGAUUUGCCCAAACAUUUCAUAAUACACGUGCGCGCAAUAUUAAACGGCGUUAGAAAUCAAUGAUCUAUAAAGGUAGUUCAUCAUAUCAGCUAUUGAAUUAACUUUAAACUCUGAACACCCAGAUACAUACAGCGCUUCAGAAUAAAACUACGCAGUUAUACUGUAUUUGCAUGUAUUUUAAUAUAUUGAUAAACGAUGGGAUCCCAGAGGUAAAAAUUUGGUUAGUAAUUGAUCAAGGACGUAAGCAAUACCACCAUGUUACAUUUGCAUAUUUAUUUUCGUUUACUCCGCUCAAAUGCGUAGUGUUGAUUAUUGGAUGUGUUUCACAUUAAAAUUAAAAUGAAGUUUCUCUAUAGGUGUGUAUUUAAGGUUAUAGAUUGGUAAGCAUUUCAAGUUCAUAACCAUGAACACAUGUCUUCCCCUCUCUACGGUUUCGAUAUGGAUAAACGUUUUAAGUGUUACACAUUUGACAUUGGGAUUUCCCAAAUUCUAUUACCCGUGCUAUUCAGACGUGUGCACAUUUCCGGACGAGUUCUGUGAUUCAGAAGAGCGGCGGUGCUCCCCGUGUUCUCGUGCGGUGUGUACCCUUCGUACGGCAAUACCACUGGCAUGCAAUUUCACAUGUACAGGGUGGGGUGACGACAACACGAAUACAGAAAUUGAUCUGGACAAUCAAGACAGCAAAAUAUGGAAAAUACUGACGGCCAUAUUAGGACUUGUAGUUGUGUGUUUAAUGAUCAUCUUAUGUGUGUGCGCCUGCCGUCGAAAUAAGCGACGUGACAGUAAACUUGGUUUGGACUCUGUUGAGAUAUCGGAGAAUAAUACCACGAACGAAUAUGAAGGUGUAAAUCAGGACGAAACUCCCGAAGAUCGGCACGACAACAGCAAGGGAAAUGAAUCAGGGGAAUAUUGUCACCAGAAACUCAAAGGUAUCCCACCGACUGACGGAGAUGCCAAGGCUGAUCGAACACUUCUUGGUCUCAAGACGUUGAAACAUGACGGAGUUACUGAUUAAGAGUCGAUUUGAAUGUGUUCGAUAGAUUAGUAGUAGUUUUAGAAUCUGAGUGCGUAUUUAGCUAUAGAUUUUCUGGAACGUCCAUGUCUCCUAUAUGACAGAACUCAGAAUUAUUACAAUUAGUGUGCACACACAAUUUAUCCCUAAAAUGCGGAUGAAAAGGGGGCCUUGCCCGGGUGCGACUUACACACACAUAUAAUGAUAAUGCACAUAAAAGCUGUUCCCUGUAUACAAAAAGGUUACUUUUCAUACCCUUUUUCCUGUUCGUCCAUAAACAAGUCGAUACAAUUGUUAUGCAAAACAUUUUUUUUUAAUUUAUAAUCAUGUUUAACAAAUUUGACUUUUAAAGGGAUAUGAUUAAGGUAAAUAUUUUAAAAAUACAAACCUUUAUGAAUGUUUGUUUUAAUAAAAAGCUACGUUUAACUCU